UAUUUCGUAAAACAUGAAUUUACGCAUAGCUGGCAUCACCCCACUGAUUGCAAUUCCUUUUUCCUCUUUCUAAUGUCAUCUUGGAAAAAUGAAGCGACGAACGUGAAAAGUUAAUGCUUGUGUAGUGAAAAUUUCUGAAAUAUAUCGAAUAAUUGGUUAAAAAUAACUUAAAAUGUGUUAAAAGUAUAGAAACCUAGCCAGUGCUAAAAACAAGCAUAAAGUUUUGGUGAUCUUUUGUUGGAAUAGUGAAAUAUUUCGAUUGAUUUGUAAUCACACUGCCGCCAGGACGAAAAAUCGAUAUUUGCAGGCAGUGGCUAUAAAAAGUAAUUUCCAAGCAAAAUUUGCUAAAUAAUGGUAGGCCUACUAGAUCCAUUGAAAUAUGGCGCACAUUUUUAUGAAUUAUACACCAGUAAUACCCGGCGUAAACUACAAAGUGACCGAAAAUCGUUGUCGAAACGCAAAAGCAAGGAUAAGAAAGCUGCUGCUCUCGCAGCAGCAGCUGCGGUGCUUGAAGGCAAUGCGGGGGCCAUAGUAAAUCCCAUGGAUCCGCCAAUCAUCAAAGAUCAACUACUACUCUUCCCUGCAUUUCCAGUGGCACAUAUAGAGCUCGAGGCGAACGCCUCAAAAUUUGCCGUAUUCGCCGUGAUACGCUCUACAGUCUUGGAAGCAGAGACACGUUAUGCUCUCUUUCAAGAUAGUAGUGGCGCUUUGCGUCGCCUACACAACUUAAGUUCCUCCUGUUGCCUCGUAUGCGCUGGCUCCUGCAUGACUACAAAUCUGCUCGAUUGCUCUUGCCACACAAUGCUGUCAGCAGCGAUCGGUGGUGCAAAUGGUGGUAGUGGAUUGCUUCUGGAAAAACGUUCUCGUCACGAUUCAGCAAACAGCGAUGCAGAGAGUGAAUCAGAUGAUGCCACUGAGAAAGAGUUUGCAGUGGUGCGUGUCCCGCUAAUUGUAGGUGCCGGAUUGCGCAGCCUUUUCGAGCUAAUCGCCGAUGCGCGUCACAUACAGCCGAUGCUAUGCACCAAGGCGCUUAAAGCCUUAUUGGAUGUCAUACAAGGGCAACAACCAGAAUCAUUUAAACUCGAGCCGGACGAUUUGAUUAAUCCACUUUACGAUUUGCUUCUCGACUUAACUACAAUGCCGGCUGCAAUGGUGGCUAGCGCAACUACGGAAGCCAAUUGGUCGGCAAUGGCUUGCGCGGCACUGAUUGGACUUUGUAUUGCACGCGGCGAUACUGGCAAGAUACUCAAAGCAAUUGCAGCUAUGCUAAUGUCGCCCAAACAGUUAUCCACACAAAUUAUACAACUACCUGUAGUGCUAUCAUCACUGCAGAAAACCGUUUUGAGUGCAGCGCUUAACAAGCCCACAAGACCUGACUUUCACACCAACGGCGUGCCGAUAAAUUCGCUUAUUGAUGAGUUCACUUUAAAAACGUCUGUUGCCGCAUGCGGCAGUCUGUAUGCGCAACCUGCUAUGGCUUCAGAUGGCACUUAUCUAUAUCUUCUACUUGGUAGCUCUUUGCUAAAGAUUGGCACUGGAUUUAGUGGCUCCUUUAAAGGUCAUGUGUAUGCACAAAAUGACGAGUUUACCAAGGAAAAAUCUGGUUGGCUGGGAUGCUUCGGCGGGAAGCUCUAUUUUCGGCGUAAUGUAAAACGUUCGGCAGAUCAUCUGCAUCUUGUCAACACGGAGACGUUGACUAUUAAGGGGAUCAACUCUGUUAAUCUAGUACCCAUACGUGAUGGAUUCAACUAUGUCCUUUUCACGGAUGAAGACUCCAUUAAUGCUAUUUGCACCAAUAGAGAUGAUACGCUUGUCGUGAAAAAAUUAAAUUUCAACAACUCUAAUACUUACGGCAGCGACUCGACGACGCCAUUCGAACUUCCGCUCAAGCUGGCGCGUAAAAAAUUUCGCACACUUGGCUACGCUGCUUUCGAGGAUGAGGUGCUCAAUCAAAACCAAAUACAAAAAAUUCAAUCGUCAUACAAUAUUUUUGAGCCGAAAUUGCCCAGCGAUGUAGAAAUACAGGGCAUCGUUUGCGGCAAGGAAUUCGGUCUUGUGCGUGCAUCGAACGGUAAGGUGUAUUACUAUGGCAAGUCAGCAUCGCUGGGCUUAAAAUCUAUCGGACGUACGCCCACGAUGAAAAUGACAGAGUUGAUUAUUUCCAAAGUUUCAAAUAUUGUACACAUUGCUCUGGGGCAUGAUGGUAUACAUGCUUUAUUAGUAAAUGAUGACGGUACUGUAUACUUUACCGGUACUGCACGCCGGGGAGAAGAUGGUGACUCUUCAAAGAAUCGUCGCCAGCCAAAAGCCGUCAAGCCCAAAAAGAUGUCAAAAAUCGAUGGACAUGUAGUCAUACAUGCGGCCUGUAACAACGGCACCUCAGCUUUUGUUACAAAAACGGGCAAGCUGAUUAUGUUUGGCAAGGACACAGCGCAUUGUGAUGCCAGCGGUUGUGUGAGCGAUUUUAUUGAUCAGCACAUAACGAAAGUGGCGCUGGGUAAAGCGCAUUGCGUGGCGUUAAACUCUAAGGGUCAGCUUUUCACUUUUGGUUUGAAUAACAAGGGACAAUGCGGGCGUGUGUUUACCAAAUCCAGCAAAGAUAAUUGCGUCUCUCUGCAAGGUAGUGGGGGUGGUAAUGCUUUCGGCAUGGGAGCAAUUGCUGAUUCAGAUGGGAAGGAUUUGUUGGUGGGGAAAAAAUUAAAAUUCGAUUUCUCCACACUCUGCGACUACGAUGAUCAUCAACUAGUGCAAGGACAAUGUCGCGUCUGUGUUAUGUGUCGCGAAUGCACCGGAUACAACGUGUCGUGUGUUUCAACGCUGAAUGUGCCCAUCGAAGAGCGGUUGGCCGGAGCCAUAUGUCCCUGUGGUCAUGGCGAUGCUGGCUGUUCGAAAUGUGGGCUCUGUUCUACCUGCAUUUCACUGCAAGAGGCAGAAAAUGAUGCUAACAAGGACAACAAACAGCUGCAUAGUGAAUUGAAUCGCCAACGCUCGAAGAGUUUGAUAAUGCGCCGGAAGGAAAAAAAGUCGGUUGCGGAGGAAAGUGCCGGAACCCAAGCUACUGAUGUAGACAAAGAUCCACCGCGUGUUGCGCCAUUAGCGCCUCAAAUGCUCAAACUGUCCAGUAGCUCACCCGUCGUGCAAGUGUCUUGCGGUCUUCAUCACACUGUCGUUUUAACGUUAGCUGGCGAGGUUUUCACUUUUGGCAGUAAUCAAUACGGUCAGUUGGGAACGGGUGAUUUACAACCUGUAAACGGGCCUGUUAAGGUAAAUGUGCAAGGCGCAAUUAGCCAGGUCAGCGCUGGCAGCAAUCAUACAGUUCUGAUGACUUACAAAGGCAUGGUGUACACUUUUGGUAAUUACCAAAAGGGACAGCUGGGUAGACUGCCCAAUGAUUUUCAGCGCGAUAAGGCAUCAGGCGGUGGGGAGGAUGCGGGCGUAGCGUUCAAUAAAAGAGCAAGUAGUGAGCAAAACGGAGCGACCGUGGGUAUGAGCGGUGUGGGCAAGGAUGUCGGCAUUGCAAAUUUAUUGACACAGCGACAAAAAUUCCUUUGGCAUUGCGCACCCGGCGCGGUAUUCGGUUUGGGUCCGAGCUUUGGCAAGAAAGCUACUUGGAUUGGCGCCAGCGGUGAUCAGACAUUCAUCAAAAUCGAUGAGUCGCUGAUCACAACACACAUGUUGCCGAAAGUUAAUGUGGUCGCCAAUAAAAAAACGAUUCUACUGAUACCAACUAUUCCACUCACAUUCCACACUCUUUCGAUCAGUCGCCGUGACGGAAGUUGCACCGCUCAUUAUCGCAAUCAAAUAAAUUUUGUGCAAAUUAUACAAAAUAGCAAUGCUAAAGUCAUGCCGGAACUCAACCAAAACAUCGCCGCUAGCGCAUUCCCCUCGGUAGUAGCUAGCAGUGCACCCGCUGCGGUGGCGCCGCUGCAACCUGCCGUUGCUGGCCCCAUCAAUGAACAGAUGUCGCGCAGUAUGCAUGAGGCGCGCAAUCAAAUCUUUGAAUUGCAAGAGA